ACGACGGAGAUAGAGACGACGGGCGACCCAACGCGCGACGCCUCUUGCCAACGGAAGCGUCGCUCUGUCUGGCGUCGCGCUCGCUCCUCUUAUAAUAGUCCUCAGCCACGUGCUAUACCGCGUUCUCGAACGACCGAAAGACACGGGGAGAGCGCGAAGUUGCGCGACGAUCCGACGGCGAUUAUCGGAUUGGACGGACGUUAUCUGCCGCACCGCGUCGUUAUCUUCUCACCGAAGUGCGAAUAAAAUAUGUGUGUGUACGAAUGACAGCUCUCUCUCUCUCUCUCUCUCUCAGUCAGGUUGCUGAGGCGGACCGACCUCGUAGGCACGCGCUUCCGGUAGGUUCGCAAUGACAACUGACCGUAGCCCGGCUCGGAACCCCGGCUUUUAUAUGGGGAUAGAGGCGGCUGGCUGCUACGCUGCUGGACCCGACUGCGCGUCGCGUCGAAUCACACCGGCGCGCCGCGCCGCUCCCCGCUGCGGCGCGCCGGGCCACCGCGCAGGGGUUAAUCGAAGAGAACUUGUGUCGUCCGGUGUGUUACCUCGCGCUCGGGUCGCGGUGGGUGUAGCGGCCGCAGCAAAUCGCGCUCUCCGUCGCCGAAAGGUGUGCGAGGCGACGCCACACGUGUGGGUGCGUCAUCCUCCUCGUCUCCGUCGCCUCCUCGUCGCGCCGCGUCGAACCAUGCCGUGGCGAACCGUGGCGAACCGAACCGCGAUAGAUACCACCACCAUCGCCAUCACCACCACCACCACCGCCACCACCACCACCAUCGCCGUCACCACCACCAUCGCCACUGCAAAAGUCGUCAUCCGUUGCGCCGCUACUGCGUUGCUAUUCGUUGCACGAGGGCAGACGAGCCCAGAGAGAGGGAGAGAGAUUGAUCUUGUUUUGGAAUGGAGCGAAUGAGCGUUUGAUUCAACGGGAAAACAGGAUCGCUCGGUUUCUCGGACAAAAAUAUUUUUACGUCGAAUAACUUAUUUCUUUUGUGUUUUCACUCAAACAUCGUAAUAUGGUUGAAACAAGCAAUAAACUGUUUGAAAGU